UCUACGCGUGUACACUAUGGCCAUGGCGAUAUGCACCGCUAUGUGACAGGUUAGCUCCAGAAAAACAUCCCAGACAGUCGCGGCUGCGCACUCACGGCUGCUGCCAGCGAUAGCUGGACAAUAUUUAAUGAUGGGGUCCCGAAUCAAAGAAAGCCCAGAGUCUACCUUUGAGGUUUAUCUAGAGGUAUCCCAUUCUGGAACACCGGGUUCUAAACCAGUGGUCCACAGGCAGUUUCCUGAAGAUUAUAAUGAGAAGGAAACUCUUCAUACAGUACCCAAGUUCUGCUUCCCUUUUAACAUGGACAGUCUAACAGUCAACCAAGUUGGCCAGAACUUCACCUUUGUGUUGACGGAUAUUGAGAGCAAACAGAGAUUUGGUUUUUGCCGUCUCUCCUCAGGUGCUCACACCUGCUACUGCAUUCUCAGCUACCUGCCUUGGUUUGAGGUUUUCUACAAGCUACUCAACAUUAUUGCGGAUUACACUAUCAAAGGCCAGGAAAGCCCUCUACAAGAGCUCCUGGUAUCAUUACAUACUCUUCCUAUCCAAGAGCCUGGAGUUCCUGUUCAUCUCGGCAUGCAUUCCUUCUUCACUGUGCCUGAUAUAAGAGAGCUCCCCAGUAUACCAGAAAAUAGAAACUUAACAGAGUAUUUUGUAGCUGUAGAUGUCAAUAACAUGCUCCAUCUUUAUGCUAGUAUGCUUUAUGAACGCCGAGUCCUCAUAUGUUGUAGCAAACUAAGCACUUUAACUGCGUGUGUCCAUGGGUCAGCUGCCAUGUUGUAUCCAAUGCACUGGCAACAUGUUUACAUUCCUGUUCUGCCUCAACAUCUGUUAGACUACUGCUGUGCCCCAAUGCCUUACCUAAUUGGAGUGCAUUCCAGUUUAAUGGAGAAAGUUCGGGGAAUGUCUCUUGAUGAUGUGGUGAUCCUCAAUGUGGACACUAACACACUGGAAACGCCUUAUGAAGACCUCCAAAGCCUCCCUAAUGAUGUGGUUUCUUCUCUAAAAAGCCGACUGAGAAAAGUAUCAACAACAACAGGUGACGGUGUGGCGCGAGCCUUUCUGAAGAGCCAAGCCGCUUUAUUUGGCAGCUACAGAAAUGCCCUGCAAAUUGAGCCGGGAGAGCCAAUCACCUUUAAUGAAGAAACAUUUAUCAACCAUCGGUCAAGUGCAAUGAAGCAGUUUCUUCAGAAUGCAAUUCAGUUGCAACUAUUCAAACAGUUUAUUGAUGGCCGUUUGGACCUGUUAAACUCCGGAGAAGGCUUUAAUGACAUUUUUGAAGAGGAGAUCAACAUGGGAGAAUAUGCUGGAAGUGACAAGACCUACCACCAAUGGUUGUUUACUGUUAAGAAAGGUGGUGGUGCAAUCAUUAACACAGUGAGGACUAAAGCAAACCCAGCUAUGAAAACGGUCUAUAAAUUUGCUAAAGAUCAUGCUAAAAUGGGCAUCAAGGAGGUGAAGAGCCGGCUGAAACAAAAGGAACAGGCAGAAAAUGGCUUCCCCACGGCUGGAUCAGUGGUUAUAGACAACGAUGGCACUUCUGAGUUUCCAUCUUCUACUCGAACUGUCAGGAGAGAGGGGCCGCUGCACACCUGGGACGACCGCAGACCUAUCACUAUGCACUUUGGACAGAAUCGACCGCCAAUGUUGUUAAAAAGACCAAGCAGUAAUGUGAGUUUGGAGGCUGCUGUGGAUCCACUCUCUCUGCGUCCCACUCGGCAUUACACAGUCUUUCUGUCGGAGGAUUCCUCUGGAGAUGAGCUCCAGUAUGAUGAGGACUCUGUCUCUGGGUUUCCUGACAGCUUUCUCUUCUCUGCUCCCUUUGAGUGGUCUCCUCAAGCUCAGCCGUACCACUCGCUAAAAGAAGUGGAGUUACUAGAAGGUGAUGAUAAUGGCCCAGAGCGGCACACUGCUCCUUCAAGUCCAGUUAAUGAAAAGUUCUCCAAUAUCAACCUGCUUGGGGAUAUUUUUGGUUGUCAAGAUGAGCCUGACAACCAACCUAUUACUCUCGCUAAAAGUCUGGAAGAUUUGAGGACGCCCAAAGAAACGGACGAUGUGCAAUCUAAGUUCACCUAUCAGCGUAUGGACCUGAGCAUUGGCGAACAUUCACGGACACUCCCAGGGCUAAAACUGUCCAACCCGUACAACAAACUUUGGAGUAUGGGGCAAGAUGAUGCUGCUUUGCCCAUCUGUGUGCCUCCCCCAUGUGACAGACCACCUUCAGUUACCCUUGCUGAAGCCCCCUCUCCAAGUCGUGAAAUCCUGACCCUGGGCCAGGAUAUCCCAGACCUUACCAACACUAGCAACAUCACUAUUCCUCGGCCACAGGGGAGGAAGACACCGGAGCUGGGGGCCGUGUUGGCUCCUCCAGUGGCUCAAGUCAAGUCCAAACCAGCUGAGGGAAGGACUACACCCGGAGGACAGGAGUUCAGACAAGCCCUGAGCCGGACUUCAGAUAUCGACUUUCUGAAGCCCUCAAAGACCGCAGAGGACAGCUUGGAUCUGAUCAGCCUUUUGGACCCUCUCAACAGUUCAUCAGUGAAUGACAAGACCGAGAACAGCACCCUCUCAUCAAAUAAACCAAUACUCCCACCCCGGCCGUACCCAACAGGGCUGCCUCCCUUUCCAGUGCAGCCUCAAAUAUCACUCAACCCAUUUGCCUCACCUCUUCCACAAACCCCUCCUCAAAUACACUACUCUCCCGUAGCCAGUAGUAACCCUUUUACUGCCCCCUACAGGCCCCCACCUCUGGGCCCCUGUCUGCACGCUCCCCAGACACUCCCUGUUCUGUUCAGGCAGCCUUCACCAGGGGGCUCCACUGUGUCCCCGAGUUAUGGACUCAUGCACUCAGCCUUCCUUCUAUCUGCCUCCACCUUGCCACAGUCCUCCAGUAACCACUCUCUGUCCAGUCUGGCGGACUCUACGACUGACCCGCUCCAGAGCAGACUUGCCAAACCACUUCAAACUGAGGCAGAAAUCAGAAAGAGUCAGGAUCCUUUUGGGGACCUGCUCAAUAUGGUCCAGCCCACUGCUACUCCAAAAAUGAAGGUAGAAGACCUACGUAGGAAGUGGGAAACAUUUGACUGACUUAACUGUGUGUAUGUGGCCACACAACCAGAUGAUUCCUCUGUAAUUAAUGCAUGUAGAGUGCCUUCAACAUGUGUUGGUAGAACAUAACUACUGCAUAUUAUUAUUUCUUUUUAUCUUAAAAUACUUUGAAGCAUAAUUCUUAAAACGCAACACAGAAAUCUGCAACAGAAAGCAAUGGAGGAGUGCUGUUACAUGUAGCACAGAAACCAUUAAGUACUUCCAAACAAUGUGACACGACAUUAGAUUUUUAGUCCUUUACUUCUCUUCAUUCUUAUAUUUGGUUUUGUCUGUUUACAAAUUGUCAAACUUUCUGAUCAGAAAUGUCUCUGUAUUCCUAAUCUGACUGUACCAAAGUUUUUAAAAUCUUAAAAUUACGAAGAAAUUUACAAAAAUGGUUUUAACAGGUCACAAUGAACUAAAUCAAUACUUACAAUUGUAAUUAAUUGAGCCAGUUUGUGAAUCCUCGUUGAUCCUAUGUUUUUAAUCAGAAUUCCAGAUUUAUGUGUGAGGAAUAAUCUGGUUGCGGCCCCCACGGACUGUCCACACUCUACAGCUGACCAAAGGCAAAUAGGUUUGAACUGAUGUGGUGAGGACUGGUCAUUUAGCCACAGCAACCUCUAUAAGACUCCUGGUUCAUUUGUGUGUAUUGCUUUCUACUCCUAAACAUAGUUGGCCUUGUUUUAAUAUAUCUAGACGCCAACUAUCCAUGGCCCAUUGCUACUUGCUUACAGUUGAAAGAUAAUUUGCACUAUUUGUAGUGGUGUGGUUAUGUAUAAUGCACCACGUUAGAGUAGGUACAAGAUUAGUAAUUUAGUAUUUAAUUUGUCCUGCCUAAACACCUAAUAUCUGCAUACCUUUGUAAUAAACCAAAUUUACAAUGUGCGAGUUUGUAACAAGUCCUCUAUUACGACUCUCUGUGGUAUGUAGCUACAUAGUGUGGUGCAUUUCAGCUGUGCUUAGUCCAUCCUUGACAGGUUUGAUGGCUUCAUGCACACAGGUCUUUGUUGGGCCUUUUAUGAAGGAUUUAUCUGUGACUUUAUUUUGCCUUCUGUUUUUAUAUAAAACACUGGAAAAUAUAAUAUGAUCUCACUGUCCCUGAACCAAUAUCGAAGCUGUCAAUUUCAUGAAAUGUUUUGUUUGCAGACCGUUUUGUGAAAGCAUUAUUACUCCUUUGCACUGCUUCUUUUGUCUUUGUUUUGUUACAAUUGCCAAAUACUACACAUAUCCGUUAUUGUUAUGAGCCAAUGAAGAUUAAAUGAUCCCAAGAUUUACUCUUGUAAAGUAGGUUGACAUAGACUGAUUCACUAAAAUCUGUACUUAUAAUACAUGUAGGGGUGAAGUAGAACAAUAUCAAUAAUGAAGUAUAUGACAGGUUAAAAUGUUACAUUUGUGCAAUUUAAAAUAUGUAGUGCUGCCCACUAAUCUAAUUUCUCUCUUCAGAAUAGAAAGCAUUUGUUUCUAUCUGAUUUUAUCCAUUGCAUAUUAGUACUUGGACUUGACAGUACAUUGAUAUGUUAUUGGUUAUUUGUGAAGUUGGAACAACACAUGUAUAUUGUGAUAAUUAAGAUAAUUUGUUCUUAAUUGUUAUAAUUAUUUAUCUGUCCUCAUUCUUUGUCGUUGUGAAUACUUUUUACAUUUUGCUUACAGUUAUGAUUAAAUUUUGUGCGCCCA